AUGGCCAACAUUGCUAUAAGCCCACCCUUUAAAGUAUACGUCCUUGACGAUAAAGCAUUCGUAUGGGAUCCCGAUGUUGUCCAUAAAUUACGCGUCGCAUACAGAGUCGUGGGUUCACUAAUUGGUACAUUGCCACGAUUACCUAUGCAAAAUCUGUAUUUUGGGCUUCCAUUGACACUUAUACCUGAGGAAGUUACAUUACUAUUAUCCAGAGACGCACGAAAAACUCAUACAAUGCCCACAAAAGGCCAACUUGAUCAAUUUAAUCGACUGCGUAUUGAAGAUGAACAACGUCAAGAAAAUGAAUAUUUGCAAAUACGAAAUGAAAAAAGCGCAAUGUAUAGAAAAGAAAUAGGUAUUAAAAUAGAAUCACAUGCAACAUCGUCAUCGACCGACAAUCCUGACAUCACCGAUACAGACAUCAAUCAGAAAUUCCUAACCACAAAAUUUUCGCCGAUUGUCCAUCUCCCUACCACGUCCAAUUCAUUUGCUUGGUACAACGAGGAUUACAGUUUCACAACUAUUAAACAAGCUGCCGCAGCAAAAAUAUGGUGUUGGCCAAGCACUAAAAAAGAUCAUCAUCGGUUUAAGGUUUUUUCUGAUCUUUGGAAACGUGGUUACUUCAUCACAAAUGGAAUUAAAUUCGGUGGUGAUUUUCUUUUGUAUUCUGGUGACCCACUUCGAUAUCAUAGUCAGAUAAUAGCAACAAUUGUUGAUAUUAAUAGACCAGUUUCAGCCCUGGAUAUCAUUACAUUUGGAAGAAUAGGAACUAUAACAAAGAAAUCUCAGUUGUUAUGUUCAUGGGAUGAGAAACAAAACAAAGCUGUAUAUAUUUCUUUUAAAUGGGCUGGACUUGAUUGA